AUGUAUUUUUGUGCUAAGUCCAAGUUCAAGUCCAAAUCCGAAAACGCCGGGUCCAGUAAACAUUACCCGUGUGCUCACUGCCACAGGAGUUACAGAAAUAAAAGCUCAUUAACGCGGCACAUUCAGUACGAGUGCGGUCAAUACAAACAAUACAUGUGUCCGAUUUGUCAUAAGCGCUUGCAAAAUAGCAGCCUCUACAAGCACAUGCUUCUUCAUAAGCAAGAGGGUGCGCUAAUUUCAAUUCUGCGUUCAAGCUUCGGCAGUAAAACCAGCAAGUAUUCACUCAAGAAAUCACUUUCGACAGCAAGCAUCGAAAGUCGCAGUCCAAGAUCUGUGGAUGAGAGUGUCAGCGAGAGCGGGAGCUCACUUAGACGCGAGCGUUCGUCCCGCGAGGUCGUAUUUCCAGAUUCCUUUGAAGUAUUGCCGCAGCCGCGGGACCUCACCUACGUCGGGCUGCCCCACGAGCAGCAGCGUAAAUUCCGGUGCCGUUUCUGCGGCAAAGGCUACCGAUGGAAGAGCACAAUGCGUCGACACGAGACGGUAGAGUGCGGAGGUAAACCUCCGGCAUUUCAGUGUCCCGAGUGUCCCUACAAAGCCCGUCAGCGCGCAGAGCAUCAGCAACAGCUCUCUGACGAGGAUAUCGGUAGAGUGUAUCCUUGUGCGGCUUGUGGGAGGAAUUACAGGAGAAUGAUUUCGCUCCAGCGACACCAGAGACUCGAGUGCGGGAAGGAAGCCCAGUUUGAGUGCAUAAUAUGUCACGCUAAAUUCAAACACAAGCACAGUUUGCUUCGGCACUAUCGGAUCCAUCUCUCCUUUGCGGGAGUCGAUGAAAAAUUAAAUCCCGCGCUGCAGCAGCAACGUUUUGUCUGA